AUGCUCCGCCUCUUCAAUCUCCUGGCUCUUCUGCCAGCAGCCUUCGCAGCUCCAUCGCAGCACUCCAACCUCGUCCGCGUCAAGCGCCAAGAGGCCGACCUCAUCCCCAACCAAUACCUCAUCAAGGCCUCUCCAAGUGCAGACCUUGAGACCGUCAAAGCGGACGUCGCUCGCAUUCUCGGUGUCGAAGAGUUCGUCCCAGACGAGGAGUUCCGUAUCAACGAUGUCUUCGAGGGCUUCAAGGUUGAAGCUGCACCUGAGGUCGCAGAGCAAUUGAAUGCAUUGAACACGGUCGAGAAAGUUCAGCAGGACUUUAUGGUGGAGAUUCAGGCUAUUACGCAGCAAACAGACCCACCAUAUGGCCUUGCCAGGAUCUCGAGCAGGACUCGAGGCACGACUUCGUACAAGUACGAUGACUCGGCUGGCGCUGGGACAUUCGUCUAUGUUGUCGACACUGGAAUCAACCUCAACCACGUAGACUUCGGCGGCCGCGCUUCCUUCGGCUUCUCCGCCGUCACCGACGAAGCAAACGGCGAUCUGAACGGUCACGGAACUCACUGUGCUGGAACCGCAGCAGGCCGGACCUACGGUGUCGCAAAAAGCGCCUCCAUCAUCGACGUCAAGGUCAUCAACCGCACAGGCCGCAGCCCGCUCUCCAACCUCGUCGCCGGUAUGGACUGGAUCGCCAACGACGUCCGCUCGAAGGGCCGCAUCGGACGCGCUGUAGUCUCCAUGUCUCUUGGCGCCGAUCGCCGUGCAGGCGAUACCGGUUUCCUCGACGAGGCUACUGCAGCCCUUGCAGACAUUGGCGUCUUCGUCACUGUCUCAUCUGGCAAUGCCAACGUCGACACCGACCUCUUCACCCCAGCUCGUGUCCCACAAGUCUGCACUGUCGGCGCCACCGACCGCAACGAUCGUCGCGGAGACUUCUCCAACUUCGGACCUCUCGUUGAUGUGCUGGCUCCUGGAGUUGAUGUCACGUCUGCUUGGAUCGGAUUGACUACCGCCACGAACACCAUCACUGGCACUUCUAUGGCUUGCCCUCACGUCGCUGGUGUUGGAGCCUACUUGUUGGGUAUGGAGGGAAGUCGGAAUGGUGCGCAACUUUGCAGCCGUAUCCAGGAGUUGAGCACCAAGGACGUCAUCUCGAACUUGAAGGGAGAGCAAAACCGUUUGCUCUACAAUGGCGUGUAA